AUGGCACACGACUUCGGACUAGUUAUCGAUGCCCUUCAGUUGACGCCAUCUAUCCUUCAGGCCUAUCGUCACAUAGAAAAUCUAUAUUUUGGUUCCCAACUUGAGUCUGCUCCUCUUCCUCCAGCUCUUUUUCUUCUUCCAAACGCACCUGACUGUGCACUGGCCUCUAGUUUCCAUUCUGACUCUCCAGGCCUUGUUUCCAGUGUUGGAACAUCUGAUCAUAUAUCACUUGCAGUUUCUUCUGCCGUCACCUCAAAUCAACGAUCUAGUAAGAGUUGUUUAGACACAAAUCUUUCGGCCGUCUGCUCACAAUCGGCCGGACGAGCUCUUACAGGACUCGGCUUGUGGAUCGCUACCCAGCGUGAAUCGCGCCCUUCUGAAAACUCUAUGGCUACCUUUGCGACCUCUUGCCAGCAGAAUUUAAUCCAACCAACGCAGUCGCAACAGCAACAACAAUAUCAUCGUCCCCAAUCUCAAUCCAACCAACAUCCACAACAACAAUCACAACAGCAGCAGAGCCAACUGCACCAGUUUAAUCAUCUUACUUACUUGCAGCAGCUGAAUCCACAGCAACAACAGCAACAUAAUCAAUUGCCAGUGACCCUUAAGUUUCGAGAGCUGCAUGUGCUACCCUUCCAAUGUUAUGAAGGCUUGAGAAGGGUCAGUGAAUCGUUAUGA